CUUAAUCAACAAUCAGGUGCAUUUGUUAUUCAAAGACAAGCAAACAAAGAGACCAGUGAAUGAAAAAACAGAAGCCUGUGCAAAAAUUAUUGGAAUAGGGAGUUUUAACUACAGCAAACAUGUCUUUUGAUCUUGGAAAUGAAAUAAACGAAAAGAUUGAAACUGUGGGUGAUUUUACAGUGACAAUACAGGAGAAAAAAACAGAAGGAAAAAAAAUCGGUUCGCUUGUCACUUUUCACGACAUUGGUUUAAAUCAUAACAGUUUCAAAGAGUUCUUUAAGAAUGAGUACAAUGUACAGUUUUACGACAAGUUUGUUGUAUACCACAUUGAUGCACCCGGCCAGCAACAAGGAGCAGAAAAGCUUUCAUCAGAGUAUCAAUUUCCUAGUUUGCCAAAGAUGGGUGAAAUGCUUGGUCCUGUGUUGGAACAUUUCCAGUUAACAGAUGUGAUUGGACUUGGUAUAGGUGCUGGUGCAAGUGUAUUGGUGCAUGCUGCUAUGUCAUUUCCAGAAAAAUUUCUUGGCAUUGUACUUGUGGACCCAGCUGCAAAAAGUGCCGGCUUUAAAGAGUGGGGCGAAGAAAAGUUAGCUGCAUGGCAACUGGAGAGAAAAGGAUUUACCUCGACUUCGGAAAAGUUCCUUAUAUGGCAUUUGUUUGGAACAAAAAGCAAAAAGAAUGUAAACAUGGAACUUGUUGAUACUUAUAUAAAAGAUAUUACCAACAACCAAAAUCCGCAUAACUUGGCACAGUUUGUAAAAGCCUUUAUGAGCCGACCUGACGUCACCAAUGAAGUUCAUGACAAGCUAAAAUGCCAAGUGUUGGUUAUAACUAGUGCCCAUUCUACCUACAAAGUCGAGGCGAACUACUUUCAUACGAAACUAGAUCGUCAGAAAUCAUCAAUUCUGGAAUCUUUGGAUUCGAUCAAUGUUUUUGUUGAAGAGCCUGGAAAAUGUGGUGAGGGAAUGUUGUUGUUGAUGCAAGGCUGUGGAUUAGUUCCGACUUUACGUACGAGAACUGCAUCCCGUGGCGGGCCCGUUCAUCGCACUUCUUCCAUGAACGAGGGAGAACAGUAGACCCAGUGAUACUUGUGACCUUCUUUAAAUACUUUGACGGAGAAAUAACCUGAUCGUGGCAUGUGUAUAAUAAACGUAUCUUCAGCGUGUUCACACGCAGCUUUCUUGUUUUUAACAUGUAUAUAUUAAAAUAUUUUUGCGAGAGUUCUGUGGUCUUCGCGCCAGAUACUAUAAUUAUGUAAAAGUCGGUUUUAUUUCUAUUCAAGGUGGCGGGAAGGUUCUAAAGAUUUUACAACUGAAAAAAUUUAAACCCAAUGUUUUUUCGAGUGUAAUACAGUAUGUUCUUUGUGUCGUUAACUCUGGUGAUAAGAAAAGUUUUGCGGAAGAAAUAUUUUUAUUGUGUAUGGGUUUGAUAAAGUGAGAGUGUGUUGAGUUACCAAGAGCCGACUGGAUGUUUAUAAUUGAUAUGAUUGUUAAUUGAUAUGCUAUGUAUUUUAAAUAGUAAUAGAUGCUUAUUUUAUUCAA